AUGGCUGAUCCUUAUCCCAAUGAGUCCGCCAACACCAUCUACAGUCACCUCCGCUCAUUGAGCAACACGAUCGGAGACCUAGGAGAUAUAGUCACUUCUCUGCAAUUCUCAACCAUCCUUCCCGAAUCCACAGACACAAACAUGCCUUCUUUCAGUCCACCAGGAUCUAUUCGCCGUCGCUUCCUCAGAAUCAUCAGCUUUGGCCGAUACAGCAGUCGCAGUGCAGAUGAUACAGAGCCACUCACCAAACCUCAUAAUUCCAACCGUAGACACAGCGCACCAGCCGAUCUGGACAUACCAUCAAAUGAUCGACCUACGUAUACCGCGCAUCAAAGUCCACAAUCUUCCGAUAGCGCUCAGACUACUAUCAUUCAUGAUGUACCACCAGGCACAGUUCCUUUCUCCAUCGAUGCCUUCCGAGACCAACAUCGCGAGCACUACUUCUCUGAUACCGAAUUCGACACACCCAGCCAACCAGAGGCAGAUUCAGAGACCGUCAACUCUGCCGUCGGUGCCGAAGAACCAAGCUGGGAUCCAACACGCCUUCGCCGCAACAAAUCAAUCAUGCAUUGCAAUAUCUGCAACCGCAUUUGGGAGUACAAUCAGAUUCAUUGUCCGGGCUGUGCUGCUAGGACUCUACACCAUAUACCUGGAUCCAGCGAUGAUUCGUAUACCGAAAGCGACUUCAGCAAUCAUGAUCCUCGUGCUACUCACCAUAGACCUGGUAGACACAACCCUGAGCGUGAUGUUCUGCCAACGGAGAGCAGUUGGGAUACUCAUGGUCUUGAGUCCGGUACUGCUGAAGAGUCUUGGACGACUACUGUAGCCGAUACAUCUGCUGCUCCAGAGGUCACAGAAAGUCCUACCACUCACCCUACAGACGUUCCUUCAGCCGGCAAGAGUCUGCACAAAAAGCAUCGCAAGAUUGCCGUCCAAUGCUGCUGCGACACACAUAGAGACUCAGGCUCCAGUUCGUGCACUCCAAUUUACAUCUCUCACAGAUUGCCUACCCCUGCAGCUAAUACCUUCGCCGGUCCUGUUCCUGCUGCACUGCUGUGCAAAUGCUCAAGAUGUGACAGGCGUCACAUUUGCGGUCCUUUGUGGGGACCUCAGUACGUGCAGCUUAUGGAGGGUGAGAUUCAGAGGUGCGAGCGCGGUGACAGAGGCCACAGAGUCACUGUCAAGAAAGAAAGAUCUUGGUGGAUGAGAUUGUUGAGAUGGUUUUGCUGUUGUUGA